AUGAGAUUAUAUCAAUGCCAUAGAGAAUUGAGUGCAAAUGUAAGAAAUCCAAGCCGAGUUUGUGGGUUUUACUAUGAUCUCAUUUAUUCUCCAGAAGGUUGUUUUGGGAAAAUAUACGAGCGCAAGAGGAAAUCAUUUUUGUCUAUUUCAAUAAGGACAAAUGUGAAGUUGUUUGUAGUUGUCAUUUGUUUGAAUUUCGGGGUAUUCUUUGUCGACAUCCAGUUGCAAUACUUAUCCGUAAUCGUGUCUCUAGAUUACCUGAUCGAUAUAUAUUACAUAGACGGAGAAGUGAUGAUUGCUUUGAAAUAUGACGGAUUGAAAAACUCUCCGGGACAAUUGAGGUACAACAAUUUGUGCACAACUUUUGCCUUGGUCGUAGACCUUGCCGCAGAUGAUGAAGUUCGAGCCAGGCUGAUUGUGGAAUGGAUUCAAUUCCAAGCACAAGAACUUUCUAUUUUGAAAACUCCAUGUAGCAUUGGCGUUGGAGAUCCAAAGUUGACAAAAAAAAGAGGUGCACCAAGAAAAGUUCAAAAAAGUCCGUCAGAGUUGACUUCGAAUAAGAAAAAGAAGAAGAACGAGGCACCUUUAACUAAUAAAGGAAAUGGAUUUGCAAAAGAGUUAAUCAAGCAAACAAAUGAGUUAAAG